CACACAAGCCAUAGCUUAAUUAUCACAUUCGAAUUGAAUUUUAGGACAUUGUAUCUCACACACGCAUAUGCAUGCAUACAUAUAUAUAUAUAGUAACAACAGGGUAAACUCCUCAAAUAAACUAUAUUCUAAGUGGUUUGGUUGUUACAUGUACUUCGUUGUAUUUGAACAAAUCAAAAUCGUCGAUUAUUUUUAAAAAAAAAUUGAUUUAUGGGUUUGAGUUUAGAAAAUCAAAAUAUGAGUUUCAUCCAUUAGAUAUUAGUGUACAAUAUCAUAUUUAAUUUCAAAUUCAAUUGAAUUUAUAGUCUAAAUAGAGAUAUAUUAAUAAGACUAUACUUCAAGAGUAUAGCAAUCAUAUAUAUAUAUAUAUAUAUAUAUAUCAAGUUCAGUUUAAAUUAUGAUCUAAAUAAAGAUUCAAAAGCCUAAGUGAACUAAAAAGGUUUAAUUCAUGUUACUAGUUAUUAUCUACCAACAACAUAAAGUUUUAUAUGCACAUGCAGUCAAAAUCCUGGAAUGUACUGUAAAAUGUCCUUUUUUAGUUCACUUUAUUAGAGGCAUGAAAUUAAAGUAGCAUUCUUCUACAUAUUUUCAUGAGCAUGCAUGCCUCAUGGUCAAUUGGUCAUGGCUGUGCCUAAGCAACAACCCACGGCACAAUUUCCAGCUUCCAUCCCGCGUUUCUUCUAUCUGCUCCUUUUCGAAAUUCUUCAUAUUACUAGCCAACCUUCCUGACUCGAGGGAGUUGCAAAAUGCUGUUGCCAAAUUAGAGAAUCUCUGCAUACUGACCAAUAUAUAGUUCCAUUGGCGGUAUGGGUUCAACAGUUGAUUACAUAAAAAUGGUCACCAAAGUUUUCGUCACUAAACGAUGAAAAUGAUCAGCAUUCCAUCAACACCCAUAAAUUUUACCAUCCUCCUGUCAAUCAUGUUAACAUGUCACGCCACCUAAAUUCAUAUAAUAAUGGCAGUAACACAUUUCUAAUAAUCCUAUCCAAUCCCAAACUCUGAUUUUUGUUUCAGAAGUUGAACUAUUUGAACUACAUGUAAAAAGAUUGUAGCAAACUUGCAACAAAGAUCGCUUAAUUAAAAACUUUGUCAAUAAAACUCAAUUAAUUUCUCUCCCCCGCUUCAAAUCAACUGUUCACUCCCAGCUGUUUAAGUUUGGACUAAUCAUACUAGUAGUUUCAAGGACCUUAAACUGGGACUUGUUUAAUCAAUCACCAAACUCUUGUUGUGAUUGCAACAAGUUGGAUUAUGUACAACUCUCAAUUAAUGGAGAGUUAGAUUAUGUGAACUAAACUAAUAACACGACAAGUAAAAGCACUGUAGGCCAUAUAGAAACCAGCCAUUUCCCGACAGAAAAUUAGCUGGCAAAUUAACCCAUUUUUUUAUUAGUGCAUCUUUGUGUAAAAAUCAUGGCCGGCUACGUCAUUUGAGCAACAACAACAAAUUAAUUUACAGCACUCGGACAAAAAUAAAAAUAAAAAUGAAAACCACAUCAAAUAAUAGGUUUAUAAAUAAUGGACAUUGGUUGUUCCACCAUUUGUCUCUCCACCCUUACUCUUAACUUCUACCAUCGCUAGCCAAAAACCCAAACAGAUACCCUCGAAGAAAUUGAGAGGAGAGGAAGAAAGAUAGAAGAUAGAGAGAGCAAAAGCUAGCAAAAAGGUACUGGGAUCUCAUACAUGGAAAUGACGAUGUUGGUUAAGAAUGAAGAGUUGUUGGGGAGCCGUGGCGGCGGUGGCCGGGGGCUGUCGCUAGGGGUCGAUGGUACUGGUGGUGAUCAGGCUCACCGGACGUCGGCGGCUCGGUCGGUGAAGAGGAGGAGGAGAGAUCAAUCUGCUGCUUCUGCUUCACCUGCCGGAAGCCAAAAGAGUGAUGGGAGUACUCCUCAAAGUAGUGAUGGCCAACAGCAGCAGCCGUCUAAUUCCCCUGCCUCUACUGUUAAAAGAAGCUCCAGGUUCCGCGGUGUAAGCAGACAUAGAUGGACAGGGCGAUUUGAAGCACAUUUGUGGGACAAACUGUCCUGGAAUGUCACCCAGAAAAAGAAAGGAAAACAAGGAGCUUAUGACGUUGAAGAAGCAGCAGCUAGGGCUUACGAUUUGGCAGCACUCAAGUACUGGGGACCCUCAACUUUCACCAACUUCCCGAUAUCAGAUUAUGAGACGGAAAUCGAGAUUAUGAAAACAGUAACUAAAGAAGAGUACUUGGCCUCCUUAAGAAGAAAGAGCAGCGGCUUCUCUAGAGGUGUAUCCAAGUACCGUGGAGUUGCAAGGCACCAUCACAAUGGAAGAUGGGAAGCCAGAAUCGGGAGAGUUUUCGGCAACAAGUAUCUAUACCUCGGCACUUACAGCACUCAGGAGGAGGCCGCCAGGGCAUACGACAUAGCAGCAAUCGAGUACAGAGGGAUCAACGCCGUCACGAACUUCGACCUAAGCAGCUACAUCCGGUGGCUCAAACCCGACGUCGCCGCCAAAGAACAACAACACCACCACCAACCACACACAAUAAUUGACUCCCAAGAACUAGUACUCAACACCACCAACAACAACAUCCCAAUAACAAUAACCAACAACUUCCUCCACACUUACGACAACAACAGCAACAAAUCCUCCUCAUCAUCAUCACCACCACCACCGUUCUUCCACACCACCACCACCGCUCCUCCGUUCACCGCCGAUUACUUCGGCGGCGCGACCACCAAGCAGACGGAGCUCUUCCAAGACUACCUCAGCUCGCCGACAAAGCAGCAAGUUUUCCAGGAAGCUGCCAACAUCAACAACAACAACAACAAGAGCAGCUCUUGUUCUUCCACGUCAUCUGCCAUGUCAUCAGGUGGCGGUGCCCCGUCGGCACUGGGGCUCCUGCUGCGGUCCACCAUGUUCAGGGAGCUGGUCGAGAAGAACGUCGUCUCGGAGGACGUCGACGUGGGGAGGAUCGGCGGCGGUGGAGGAGGAGGAGGGCACGUGAUGAACGGCGGUGGUCAUGAGGAUGACUACGGAGGGAUAUUUUACGAUGGGAUCGGUGAUAUUCCGUUUGUCUACUCUUCCAAUGCUAAGGAUGAUGGGAUUGAGCUGCACGAGAGGGAGCUCCAGUUCAUUUUCUAGAUAUAUACCCAUUAUUACAACUGCUUUAGGGUUUACUUGAGAAACAAGGAAAAGGAGGUCGUGGGAUGAGUACGUAGUGUGCAUGCAUGGGAUCGAUAGGGGGACAUGCAUUCUGAUGAUGACGUGGAGCGAGCAACUUUGUUCUUUCCUGGCGUAAUUAAGAGUGCCUCUUUCUGGACAAAGAAUAAAGACGGGGAGGCAUUUGAGAGAGUUAAUGGAUUACUGAUGAUGAUGAUGAGGUAGGAAGCAACGUCAACGCAGGUUGUAGUAGUUUGUUGAAAAUAAUUUGGUCAGUGCUACUUCAUUAGGGUUAAUUAACGACUUUUAUGCUAAUAAUAAUUACUGUGGAAUAGUACUGCAAAAUUCCACCUGUGUAAUUCACAGUAAUUAAUAAUCAUCAAUCUACAAAGUAUUGCCAUCGGGCGGUCUUUGUUCUCUUGUUAGCUUAAUUUCUUUUACGUAGAAUUUAUAGUGCUUUUCUUCUUAAUGAAUCCACCGAGUUACAUAUUGAUAGUUCUCUGGAGUAUUUUAUCAAACUUGAAGACGACAAUGAUAUUCAAUGAAUAACUAAUUCAAAAUCAGCAUUCAGAACAUAAUCAAUUAUUUACUAUCAACGACGGAUUCAGAACACCAUUGGACCGCAUUUCAUUAUAAAAUUAAACCGAAAAAAAUAUAGUGAUUAUAGUUUUUUUUACAAUGUCAAUUGUAUACAAUGGUAUUUUAAUUUAGUGAAUGCAUCAAUAAUGAAGUCCACAUCCAUACCAAUACAAUACACUAUUUCAAAUAAAAUACUUGAGCAAUCGGCGAGAAAUUCAUCGCUCAUUUUGUUGCGCAAAUAAGUUUUCACAUGUUUCAUUGUUGAAAAGGUUCUCUCCAUAGUAGUUGUUGAAACGAGCAAUGUCAAUACUUGACAAAUCAAUCAACUAAGCAAUUUGCAUUGUGUGUCCAUCCCUACAUCCACCAGCUACUCUAGUAAAUAAGUAGGGAACAAGGGCUCGGUUGGAAUAGAGUUUCACGGGUUGAGCAGUUAGAUUUGCUUUGGCCGCUCUUGUUGCUGUUUAGUUGGAGUCCCAGGGUACGGGCUGCAGUUUGGAGCUUCAGAAGUCUUUCUUCGGCAGUGGGACUCGUCCUUGUCCCUGUUUCUUUCUCUUCAUUUGGUCUUUCAGCUCUUCUCUUUUGCUCCCUUUUGGUUUUGCAGGCCUAUGAAGAAACAGGGGCCUUCUGGCGGGCUUAGUUUUCUUGGUAGGCCUGGUUCGGUCCGCACCCCUCGUGCGUUCUUGUAGCAGGAACUCGCUUGUUUUGUUUUUGUUUACUGCAAUUUAUCAAUCAACUAAGCAAUUUGCAUUGUGUGUCCAUCCCUACAUCCACCAGCUACUCUAGUAAAUAAGUAGGGAACAAGGGCUCGGUUGGAAUAGAGUUUCACGGGUUGAGCAGUAAGAUUUGCUUUGGCCGCUCUUGUUGCUGUUUAGUUGGAGUCCCAGGGUACGGGCUGCAGUUUGGAGCUUCAGAAGUCUUUCUUCGGCAGUGGGACUCGUCCUUGUCCCUGUUUCUUUCUCUUCAUUUGGUCUUUCAGCUCUUCUCUUUUGCUCCCUUUUGGUUUUGCAGGCCUAUGAAGAAACAGGGGCCUUCUGGCGGGCUUAGUUUCCUUGGUAGGCCUGGUUCGGUCCGCACCCCUCGUGCGUUCUUGUAGCAGGAACUCGCUUGUUUUGUUUUUGUUUACUGCAAUUUAUCUAUCACCCUUAUCAAAAAAAAAUUCCAAUGGAACAAACCUCAUAUUUCUUUUAGUCUUUUAUGUUUUAGACUUUUAGAAUUAUAGGUUUCAUUUUUUUAUACGAAUAAUCUUUGGGGCUGGAAUUUCGAUGCUAAAUAUAGACUAGUGAUUUGAUUAUGUUCAUCUGAAUCAUUUUUCUAGUUAUACGCAAUCUUAUUAUAAAAUAACACUAGGCCGAAUGGAUAAAUUUAUAAGAACUAUACUAACACCGGAUUCAGAGGAAGGCUGGACCAGAGCCCGGGGUGGCCACCUCCUGGAUCCACCACUGACUAUCAUUAAUAAGAAGACUGAUAAACAAAGAAGAUGAAGUAAAAAAUAAUUACUAAAUAUAAUUUUGUUGAUAUUCGUUAACAUUGUAGUAAUCUUUUUUUAAUAAAAUUUAUGGUUAAAA